ACAGGAAAAAAAUUAAACCCUAAAAUCACUCUCUUCAGUUUUCCCAGUGUCAAAGAAGAAUCCAAAAGGACCAAAACCCUCAACCCACCCAUUUUCUUUCAAAAACCCUCUCUCUCUCUCUCUCUCUCUCUCUGUGUUCUACUCUGAAAGUAGCUGAGGAAUAAAACAAAAAGGGUGUGUGUGGGAAAUGCUCAGAAGGUAUGCAGAAGCUCUCGUUGCCAUUCAAGAACCCUAGCAAGAACAACUUGUUGUCUCUUCCUUUCAAAAACCCCGCCACCAAAACCCUGCGCUUCAAAACUCCAAGGAACCUUCUUCUGCACCCAAUGCCAACCCCACCAGCCACACACACUUUGCCCAACCCCACUUCCUCCUCUGCCCUCACCGCCUCUCUCUCCACCACCAAGUCUUUCACCACGGCCACCGCUGCCAUCUCCUCUCGCUUCUUCGCCGCCGCAAAGCCCAGAAAUUGCUGCGUCAUAUGCCGGUGCGCAAUCGACAACAGACCGCCCUUCCGGGCCUGGGCUGUGUUCAAGGACGGGCGUGGUGGGUCCCGUGGGGCGUGGACCCAAGCUGGCGCUGAUGGGUCGGAGGGUACGAUGGGUUCCGAGAAGGUCUCGGAGAGCGGCGACGGCGAGGAAGGCGAGAAGGGGUCGGAGGAGAAGCCAUUGAGGUUGAGUGGUGGUGGUGGUAGUAGUACUGGUAGGAGGCAGAGGGGUUCGCCGGCAUUGAAUGUUGGGAAUCCGGACUUGUUGACUAUUCCGGGGGUGGGGCCGAGGAAUUUGAGGAAGCUGGUGGAGAAGGGGAUUGGGGGACUUGCUGAGCUCAAGCAGUUGUACAAGGAUAAGUUCUUUGGCAAAUCUAGUCAGAAUAUGGUUGAGUACUUACAGAGUUCUGUGGGAAUCAUACACAGAAAUC